CGCAAUUUUCCGGUUAGUUAUCAUCGAAGUAUUGUCAAGCAUCAAACAACUUGAGCAAAGUGAAAGUGUGACUGUGAGAAAAAGUGUGAAAUGUUCUUCAAAUUAUUUGUGCUCAUUGCACUGGCUGCAGUGUUGCAACAGAAUGGAUGCGCCAAUGCGCAAAAACGAAAGCAUGUUGUCUGUUAUCACGGCACUUGGGCGACAUAUCGCCAAUCGAGUGGCAAAUUCGAUGUAAAUACCAUUGAUCCCUUCUUGUGUACACAUCUUAUGUAUGCUUUCUUUGGGAUUGAGGAGAGUGGCGAUUUGCGCAUUAUCGAUCCGUAUUUGGAUUUGGAGGACAAUGGCGGACGUGGCAAUAUACGUAAAUUCAACGCACUCAAGCUACAAAAUCCCACACUGAAAACACUGGCGGCGGUCGGUGGUUGGAAUGAGGGUUCGAAGAAUUUCUCGAUCGUCGCAAAUGAUCCGGAACGGCGUAAGCGUUUUGUACGCUCGGUGGUGCAAUUCAUACAGCGACAUAGUUUCGAUGGUUUAGAUUUGGAUUGGGAAUAUCCGAAUCAGCGACACAAUUUGUCCUUUGAUGAUAAGAAUAACUUUAUAACGCUGCUGCGCGAAUUGAGAGAGGGCUUGGACCCCUAUGAGUAUCUGCUCACUGCGGCUGUAGGCUCUUCAGCAGAAUCUGCUGCGAAGUCAUAUAACAUACCGGAGGUCUCGAAGUACUUAGAUUUGAUCAAUGUGAUGGCCUACGACUUGCAUGGUCCAUGGGAUCCGGUUACUGGCAAUAAUGCGCCACUCUAUGCAGGACCCAACGAUAUUACCGAGAAGAAUAAGCAACUCAAUUUAGAUGCCAUAGUCAAAUAUUGGCUAGGCGAAGGUGCACCACGAGAUAAACUAGUGGUAGGCGUGCCAUUCUAUGGACGUUCUUACACACUCUCAGACGCGGAACAACACACUGUAGGUGCACCACAUUUGGGACGCGGCCUUGCCGGUCAAUACUCCAUCGAACCGGGCUCCAUCGGUUAUAACGAGCUGUGCGAGCGCAUACAAACCGAGCCAUGGAAAGUGGAGUGGGACGAGUCGCAAAUGACGCCAUACGCCUACCUCGGCCAGAACUGGGUGGGCUUUGAGAAUCCGCGCAGCAUUGAACUGAAGGCGCAAUAUGUGAAGGAUAACGAUUUGGCCGGCGUGAUGUUGUGGUCAUUGGAAUCUGAUGAUUUCCGUGGCGCUUGCGGCGGUGAGAAAUAUCCACUGUUGCAAACCAUCAAUCGUGUACUCUUCGAUGGCCACACCGCAACAGGUUUGACGCAAGCAGUAUUGAAUUCCGUAGCAGAAAGCAUACAGCGGCCAGGCGCGGCUGCUAAUGUGGCGUCGUCCGCUGUUGGUGGACAGCAGCAGCAGCAACAAGCGCCUGUAGUACCGGGACCGCGUGGCAAUGGCGAUUGUGGACGUGAGUAUGAAGGUUAUAUGCGUGAUGCGCACGAUUGCGGCAAGUUCUACUAUUGUCAGCGCGGUGUCAGCUUUUCAUUUACUUGUCCACAAAGCUUGAAAUUCGAUUUGAUAUCAUCUAGCUGCAACUAUGCGCAACUCGUGCGGUGUUAGGGGACUUCAUAAUCACCAUCCCGCAAUUAUUACCAUAGUUUUAGUAGGUGUUGUGUAUCGGAAAUACGUAUGCAUUGUAUGCGAUAAUCAAUUUAAGUUGAAAUAUUUGAAUAAAAAAAUGAGCAGCCAAGUAUGCCAAUAUAAAUAUAAAUACAGUUAUGGGUACAUUUAUAUAGAAUUUGUACUAAACUUUUUGAAUUUUAUUGCAAAUAAAUAUUUUUAUAUUAUUCUUUGCAUA